AUGUCGGCCGGGUUCAUAACGCCGUAUCCUCACACAUAUGCUUUUGGGGGCUUGCCGAAGGAAAGAUCCAACAGACCCAGCCCUAACGAAGAACACAAGACACCAAAGACCGAAGAGCCGGUAGUAUCCAGCCCUACCUCCAGUGGAAGUCAUCCAGGGCGACAAGGUCGAAAACGGCUUGUAUUCGCCGACCCCGUCGCAUUCCGUUAUUUGGAAGAAGACCCCGCGACCGAUGCCAUAGAGCGAUGGAGGCGCCUUGAAGGAUAUGAGAUUUACUUGGUUGAGCAAUGGGCAUGCUCGAGAACUCAUCCGACCUUUAUUAUUUGCACCUACACGGGAGAUCCAUCGCACUCAAUUCUGGUCAAUGUCCUUGCCGUGCCCAGCGAUGAAACCACAUGGUCCCCGAGGCUGCAGAUUUACUUUCAAGCCGUCUCCCAGUAUCACGCAAAGGAGAAAGACACGCCCUUGGGCUCGCUGAUGGUAACCAACUUGAGCGGCUUUCCCUCUGCUCUGACAGUAAUUCCAGUGCCGGAUGGCGAUGUCAGGAAGCAUCGAGAAGACUUCAUUGUCAACGAAGACCUCAAACGAAUGGGUUGUACUGGCAGGGCCGCCAUCAAUCUACAGCCACCGCAAUCUAGUACGAUCGCCAAGUUCCACCAUUUGUACAAGACAAGCGAGACUGUACCGCUUUAUCAGUCGGUCAUGGAGCUCGUGCGUACAUGUCAGAUAGCUCUGGUUAUGUAUGAUAAGAUUCAGCCCACCUACGCGGAUGGUCUACUCUGUGAUGUGACUGAACGAGCAGUCAACGAUUGGUGGACGGAUAUCGGCACAUACUUUUACAAUGUCGAGCCGAAUGAUGGCAUCCUCGGCCCAACGACAGUCGCAGCCUUACUUGGGCUUCUCAUCGGCGCCCACAACCGUCUCAAAGCGUUCGGAUGUCCUGUUGGGAAGGAUGCAUUGGAUACGGUGUCAAUGAAACGAGCGACCGGCCAUUUCCAGAAGGGCCAAAAGAUGGAGAAGACACGUCGGCUGGACCGAGAGACACUGGAUCGUCUGCAUCGAGCGACAGCCAAGAACGCCGCCGGCGAGGGGUGGACUGUGCCAAAAGCUGUCAAGUCCACGGUUGCUGAGCUCAGUGGCAAAGGUGGGGAGAUGGUAAUGGGCAUUGUCGGUGGUCGGGACAAGGCUGGUAUAUCUGAAGCCGAAACAAUGGAUAUCGAAAGAUUCGCCGAACUCGUGACAGGCCCGAAGAUGAAAUGGCUAUGGCAAGGCAAGCCGAUCAAGUCAGGUGAUCCCUUCGCGUGGCCUACGGAAGACCUCGAUCUCAAAGGCCGCGUGUUCAGCACCGACGAGCAAGGCAACUUUAUCUGGACAGGUAACCAGCAUGACUCCUUUUCGGACGCAAAUCCGCUGGAGCGGACGGACACAAUGUAUACGAACCAGACGGACCCAAAAUCAGGUCGGCACCGUCUACGAGGUGCCGUCGGAGGGUUGAAGGGCUAUAACUCUCGAUAUCAAGAGAGUCAAGACUGGGUUGAUAGCGCCACGACGGCCGGUUCUCGGACAUCACCUAAAGACCAUACCCACCGGACAAACAGUGGACUGCCUCGCCUAACAAGCCCUCCAGCCUUUGACAUGGACCUGGCGAAUGCAGAGCCUUCUUCUCCAGGGGCCGGGCGCCGUCAGCCACCACUACGUCGAAAUCAGACCACGAAUGAGAGAAGGAUUCCUCCUCACCGAGAGCAAAUGCGACCAGCGCUUCCAGGCGACUCGCCCAGGAGAAAGAAAGCCGAGGCACAACUGGCCGAACUGCGCAAUGAGUUCAAAGCAGAUAUUUAUCGCAACUUUUCCGCGGCCAUGCCAUACAAAGGACCAUCAAGCCGUGCCCUACGACGGACGCAAAGCAACCUGCAACUCAUCGGUCAUACAUUGGAAAGUCCUCGCCAAUUCAGGAUUCCUCGGCGGCUAUCCUUCAGCAUCGUCGAAAGCGCCGUUCUCGACACUGGCGAAUCUGUCAUGGAAGAAGGUAUCACGAAAGGCAAGUUUGAAGGUGAUUUGACCAACGCUCUGGUGGAGCGGGAUGCUCUUGUCGCCGCCGCUCAGAAGAAAGCCAAACGAAUACAACAAAUCCAGCAAGGUCUCAUCCCGUACACAGAAAGUCGAGUCGCGCAUGUAGAAAGUCUAGAUGCCGCGGCUCAUGAGCACCUUGAGCAGCUCAAUGAGUUGUAUUAUCAUCGGCUGGAAGAGUAUCAGACUCUUCAAGCCACCUCAUCCGACAUAGUCUCACAGGAGAAGUCAGCAUUGACUGAGUCCUUCCGGCGUAUGGAGAUGCUGGGAGCGAAGAUGGACUAUGAGCUGAAUAGCCUGCAGUCAAGAUUGCAAGAAGUGGAAGAUGGAGUAGAUGAUUUUGAGAGAAAUGUGGUGGCUAUCGAAGCGCGGGUCAAGGAACUGAAUGGGGAGAGUGGCGCGCCAGACGCGCAUCAGCCGUGGAUUGCCAGGGUGCUCAACUUAUUGGGUCCAAGGAAGUAA